AUGGAGUCUCACAUAAAGCAUUCGGUCGGCGGCACAACCCUCCACACGUAUCAUCCGUGCCGGCGCAUCGUUCCAUACAGAGUUUACGCCGUUAUUCACACGUGUGGCAUCGUAGCGCUCAUGUAUCACCAUGUACAUUCGCUUCUCACAGCAGACAAAACUCUCAUAACAUCUCUUCUUCUUCUCGCCGAUGUUGUUCUUGCUUUCAUGUGGGCCACCUCAACUGCUCUCCGGUUUCACCCGGUUCACCGGUCGGAAUACCCUGAGAGAUACGUAGACAAACCGGAGGAGGAUUUUCCGAAGCUGGACGUGUUUAUAUGCACGGCUGAUCCAUACAAGGAGCCUCCGAUGAUGGUGGUUAACACAGCAUUAUCUGUGAUGGCUUAUGAUUACCCGUCGGAUAAGAUCUCGGUCUAUGUAUCGGACGAUGGAGGAUCGUCGUUGACUUUGUUUGCUUUGCUUGAGGCUGCUAAGUUCUCUAAGCAUUGGUUACCCUUUUGCAAGAAGAACAAUAUUCAAGAUCGGUCCCCUCAAGUUUACUUCUCUUCAACGUCACAUUCUUGGAGUGACGAAGCUCAAAAACUGAAGGUGAUGUACACAGAUAUGAAAAAUAGAGUAGAGCAUGUGCUCGACAGUGGAAAGGUUAAGGCUGAGUUUAUCACAUGCGAUCAAUUUCGUGGUAUAUUCGAUUUGUGGACCGACAAAUUCACUCGUCAUGACCAUCCCACUAUUAUUCAGGUGCUACAAAACAGAGAGACAGAUAUGGACAACACUAACACAUUUAUGAUGCCAAACCUAAUCUAUGUUUCAAGAGAGAAGAGUAAAGUUUCUCCACAUCAGUUCAAAGCCGGUGCUCUUAAUACUCUGUUGCGAGUAUCGGCUGUGUUUACAAACGCACCUGUGAUUCUAACACAAGACUGUGACAUGUACUCGAACGAUCCUGGAACACUAGUACGUGCCUUGUGCUAUUUAACAGAUCCUAAAAUCAAAUCUGGUUUAGGUUAUGUGCAGUUCCCUCAGAGAUUUCAAGGAAUAAACAAGAAUGAUAUAUAUGCGGGUGAAUACAAACGCAAUUUCGAAUGCAUGGGUAUUGGUCUUGAUGGGCUUAGGGGCCCAAAUUAUGUGGGAACUGGAUGUUUUUUUAACCGACGAGUUUUCUUCGGACCUCCAUCUAAUUUCAUUUUGCCUGAGAUAGACGAACUUAGGCCUAAUCAGAUUAUAGCUAAGUGCAUCACGGACCAAGAUGUUUUGGCAUUAGCACACAAAGUAGCAGGAUUUAUCUACGAACACAACACCAAUUGGGGAUCUAAGAUUGGAUUCAGAUAUGGGAGUUUAGUGGAAGACUACUACACAGGAUACAAAUUACAUUGUGAAGGAUGGAGAUCGGUUUUUUGCCGUCCCAAGAGAGCUGCAUUUUAUGGAGAUAUCUCAAGAAGUUUAAUAGAUGUAGUGAACCAACAAAAGAGAUGGUGUCUUGGACUUCUUGAGAUGGCUUUUUCAAGGUAUAGUCCCAUUACCUAUGGGAUCAAAUCAGUGGGACUUCUAAUGGGCGUAGGGUAUUGUCAAAAUCCAUUUUGGGCUUUUUGGUCGAUUCCUAUCAUCGUCUAUGGAGUAUUACCCCAACUUGCCCUCUUGUAUGGAGUUAGCGUCUUCCCCAAGGCAUCGAGUCCAUGGUUUUGGCUUUACAUGUUCUUGUUCUUUGGUGCGUAUGCGCAAGAUCUACUUGAUUUUGUGUUAGAAGGAGGAAGUUAUCGCAGAUGGUGGAACGAUCAAAGAAUGUGGUUGAUAAGAGGACUCACUUCAUAUCUCUUUAGCUUCAUAGAUUUCACUCUCAAAAUCUUAAACCUCUCCACGCUUGGUUUCAACAUCACCAGCAAAACCAACGAUGAUGAAGAACAAAGCAAGAGGUAUGAGCAAGAGAUCUUUGAUUUCGGGUCAUCCUCAUCCAUGUUCUUGCCCAUGACCACGGUCGCGAUCGUGAACCUUGUUGCCCUCGUCUGGGGACUUUAUGAUCUUCUCGUUUGGAGAGAAAGACUCGUCCUUGAAUUGAUGCUGGCGAGCUUCGCGGUGGUGAAUUGUUUGCCGAUCUAUGAAGCUAUAUUAUUGAGGACAGAUGGCGGAAAAUUACCAAAAAAUGUAUGUUUCUUAGGUGUGAUCUUGACAUUUGUUCUUAUUGUGUUAGGUUACGUCGUCAUCAAGUAA